AUGCCUCAACCCUACGCUUGGGUACGCUUGAAGAACUCAGGGAGCACCAGUAUCUCCCCACGGUCGGGCCAUACCAUCACAGCCACGCCUCAUGGCUUCAUCUGCUACGGCGGAAUGGACGGUCGACGUAACGAUCUCGGCAACCCUGCUCCGAAUUCGGACUUAUACGUUCUUAAGCUGCACCCUCAAUACCAAUAUGAAUGGGAAGUCGUCGAGCUGGACCCCAGCAGUAGUUCUCCACCAGGCAGAACGUUACACACGGCGACUUGUGUCACCGACGAUGAGGUUUUCUUCUUUGGUGGCAUUCAUAGUGCUACUCCCUACCAAUGCCUUAAUGAUGGUUGGGUGCUGGACGUGUCUUGCAUGGAGUGGAAGAAUAUCGCAUUCAAAGCAUCGCAACAAGAUAAGAAAAGUGCCGGUGUCCGCAGACUUACGGGUCUCAUCGAAGAGGUCGUGCACAAUGCUGAGGGUCUAGUCGAUGGUCGUUUCAAGCUAAGGAGACCAUCUUUGAAUAAUAACCGGCCUACGAAAACGGUCGGGUUCGCUGACAUUGUUGGAGCUAUGACUGGCAAGAAAAAAAGCACUAUGUUGGGAGCAGGAUCGAGUAAGUUCAAGUCUAUUAUACAGGUUAAAGGGACGAGGAAGAAAACGAUGCUCCCAUCGGGAAAAACAGUUGGCGGUGGACAGAAUGCUGCUAGUGGAGCCUUGAGGGACGAGCAGGACGCUUUUCAUGAGGACAUCGUUUCUCUGGUGAGCAGCAUUGUGAACCAAGAUGACGAGUCGAAGAAGCAACCCCCGAACGUGCCGGCUCCUCGAGCUAAUCAUACGGCCACGCUGGUCGAAAACAGCAUAGUGCUCUUUGGUGGUCACGGUGGACAGGGCUACAGCAGACGGCCUUUUAACGAUGUGCAUGUCCUCAAUCUCGAUAACGAUAAAUGGAUCGAACUGCAGUGUCAGGGUAACCCUCCGGCCCCACGGUCAGGUCAUGGGGCUUUUUCUAAGGACGGCAACUUGUUCGUUUUUGGUGGUUGGAAUAAUGAACAUCAGUUCAAUGACGUUUUCAUGUUGGACGUUGAGAACAAGGAUUGGACUGAUCUCGAUCUCGGCUGGAGCUGUCCCCGGUGGAAUUUCAGUCUCCAGCUGGUCCACGCUAUUCCCUCAUGGAGGGUCUUCGUAUUUGGCGGGGCAUGCGAUAAGGACGGUGGGGGCCGGUCCUUGGGAGCGUUCGAUCAGCGCAUUGGUGUCCUCGACUUGGCCGAAAAAUUUUGCUGGUCGGAACCUAGCCUGGAAGCACCAACGAGCGCAGCGUUACGUGAUAUGCAGGAGGACUUCUUGGCGAACUCUCUAGGGCAGAUGCCUGAAACUUUCAUGCCUCCAGCGAGGGAGCACGCAUCUGUCGUGUAUGAAGCCGACGAGUCAAGAUUGAUAGUGUUCGGUGGCUGGUCUAAUAAAUGGCUCGAUGAUGUGUGGCAGAUUAACGUGAGCUCCAUUGUAGGGCCACCUUACGCCAUCGCUAAGGUGGAGCCAGCUCUUGGUCCUGUUACUGGCAAUCAGCUCCUCCGUAUUCGUUGUGUCGGUGCUACUAGUGCUCAAGGCACGGUGACAGUGCGCUUCUCCACUGCCAAGCACACUGCUGAUUCUAUUGGUACAGUAGUAGACGAUAAUACCAUUGAAUGCCUGACCCCUGCUGUUAUACAGACCAUCGGGCCUAAGAGAUGCGAGGUUAGAUUUGCUAUUGGGGCGAAAGAUUUCACGACUACGGUAACACACUACGACUACUAUCUCAACACGAUAGCUGAAAAGUCGCUUUGUUAUGGUCCUGGCCUACUGAAUGAUGGGGAGGCGGGUAAGGAGAACAGGUUUAUAAUACAAGGGAGAAACAACCUCGGGGAGAAUCGAACCUCUGGGGCUGACAAGUUUGUGAUUUCGGUGAUGCAAGACGGUGAGGAGCUCUACGAUGAGAGCACUUGCUUCCACGAUUUCGACAAUGGACGGUAUGAAGUGACCUAUACUGCCAAGGCUGGUGGGGGCGACAUUACCGUUAGAGUGAAUCUCAUCGAUGAGAAUGACAAGGAGCAGCCGAUUAGAGGCUCGCCAUUCACGGCUACUUGCUGUGAAACGGCUAAGCCGAGAGCUAACGAGUACGCUGGCCCGCUCGUUGUCGGAUUUAUCACAAAGAGUGUGAAGGAAUUGGAGGAGUUCUUCAAGGCGACCGAUGCUGGUAUUAAUAUUAAGCUGAACGCUGGAGACGUGAAGUCGCUGAUUAAAGUGAAGAAUUAUAUCAAGACUAUGUACGAGGAAGAGGAGAGACUGAUAUUGAAGCAGGAUGAGGUUUUGGAGUCUUUAGGGGCACUUGAGAGGGAAGGCCUGCCCAACGAGAAGGCAUUGAAAGCAUUAAGGAAGACUUGGGACUCUCUGGCAACUGUGAAGGAAGCAUGCAAGCACAAGGAAAAGGAGAUAGCCCCGAUGGUGCAGAAAGAAUCUGAUAUUUACAAGGCCAAAAUCGCGGAGUUCGAGGAAGGUCUCAAGGAGUAUCAGGCUGGUCUCAAGAAGGAGGCAUAUUACUUUUACAAGUCUGGACUGGAACUCGCCAUGGAGAGAAUUGCGGGGGUCACGGCAGAUUUGGACGAGUUUGACAAGCAGAUGGAAAGUUUGACCCACAUUGCUGAGAAUUUCGACUACCCCGAGCAGCUGAAUAACUCGAGGAAACUGAUGACGGCAAUGCGGGAAGAUGUUGCAAUAAUGCUCAGCUUGUGGGAGUUUGAGGAUCUCAGGAUUCAGAAUACUGAGGUCUUCCUUGUUGUGCGUUGGGGGGAUCUAGUACCCGACCAGAUGGAGGAAGAGAUCAAGUUGAUGUUCAAGCAGUUGAAGGAUAUAAAAGUUGACAAGAAAAGAGAUGCCUUUUUGGGCAUGCAGGACGUGAUGCGGAAAUGGACGACGUUUUGUCCCCUAGUGGCAGAGCUGAGAGACCCGGCCAUGCGUGGAAGGCAUUGGAUGGCUCUUAUGGAUCUGUGUGGGAAGAAUAUAUCGGUGUCUCCUCGUAUACUGCUGCGAGACAUGUGGAACUUGGAACUACACAAGUUUUCCGAUGCUGUUGAGGAGAUAGGGGAUCAAGCCAAGCAAGAGGCGAAAAUGGAGAAGACUCUGGCUAAGCUUACAGAGACCUGGGCGGGCAUUGAGUAUGACUUCACACACCAUAAGGAUACGGACAUUCAGCUGAUGAAAAUAUCGGAUGAAAAUUUCGAGAUGCUCGAGGAGCACCAAGUGCAAGUCCAAAAUAUGUUCGCCUCGAGAUUUUUGGCGACCUUUGAAAAUGAGGUCACGUCCUGGCAGAAGACCCUGGCUAAUGUCUCCGAGGUGUCACUUCUGCUCGCCGAGGUUCAGCGUAGUUGGAGCUUUUUGGAGAAUCUUUUCAUACAUAGUGAAGAGGUGAAGAAGGAGCUGCCUGCUGAAAGUGAAAAAUUUGUUGGAAUUGAUAUGGACGUGAAAGACAUCUUGAAAAAGGGUGAGCAUCUGAGGUUAUGUAAAGAUUUCUGUAACGAAAGUGGGAUUUUUGGCACGUUGGAGAAAGCGCAGAAUGAGCUGAACGUCUGUGAGAAGGCACUGAAUGACUUCAUGGACGGCAAGAGACGAGCCUUCCCUCGAUUCUAUUUUGUGUCCACGAGCGACUUGUUGGAUAUACUCUCCAACGGCAAUACGCCUUCUAAGGUUAUGCCGCAUCUGGCUAAGGUCUUCCAGGCGGUGCAGACAUACGAGUUGGAAUAUCCUGAUGGGAAAGAUCAGAGGCCGGCAGCAGUCGGUAUGGAGUCAUGUGUUGGCGUUGAGUACGUGCCUUUCCCCGAGCCAACUCUUCUUGCUGGCAAGGUCGAGAUCUAUAUGGAAUCGUGCGUAGCUGCUUUCCGCACUGCGUUGAAGUACUAUGCCAAGAAGGCCUUGCUGGACUGCGAAGAGGUUAGCCGCGGUGAGUGGGUAAAAGGCGUUACUGCGGCCCAGUGUGCCCUGAUGGUGAAUAUGAUAAUGUGGGUCCGCAUGGUAGAGCGAGCCUUCGAUGCAUACAACGAGGGGGACAAAGAAGCUGUGCAGAAAUCUUCACAGCGCGUGUCGGAUCUUUUGUUGGAUUUGAUUCGACUAACCCAGACGGCCUUGGAUAAGCCUCAGCGUAUGAAGGUUAUGUGCAUGAUCACUCUAGACGCCCAUAACAGAGAUAUCACAGAGAAGCUCGUUCAAGAGGCUGUGAUUACUCCUGAUGCCUUCCAGUGGCAAGCCCAGUUGAAGGCCUAUUGGGACGUAGAGGCCGAUGACUGCCGACAGAAAAUCGCUGAUGCUGCCUUCUGGUAUGGUUACGAGUAUUUGGGUAACGGCCCUAGACUUGUGGUGACACCUCUGACUGAUCGAAUUUACGUAACUGCAACGCAAGCCCUGCAUUUGAAUAUGGGUUGUGCACCGGCAGGGCCUGCGGGUACUGGGAAGACGGAAACGACCAAAGACCUCGCAAAUGCUGUGGCUAAGGCAUGCUUCGUUUUUAAUGCUAGUCCCGAGAUGGACUAUCAAACUAUGGGGGCAAUUUUCAAGGGCUUGGCGAGCUCUGGCACUUGGGGGUGUUUUGAUGAGUUCAAUCGAUUGGUCCCUGAGGUCCUCUCGGUAUGUACAGUUCAGUUCAAGGCAGUCUGCGAUGCUGUGAAGGCUAAACUGAAGGUCUUUGUUCUGCAAGGGGACGAGAUAACUCUGGACCCGUCCUGUGGGGCGUUCAUCACUAUGAAUCCAGGCUAUCUUGGCCGUAGUGAGCUCCCGGAGGGUCUCAAGGCCCUAUUCCGACCAAUCACCGUUAUGGUACCGGACUUCGCGCUGAUUAUGGAAAACAUGUUCAUGGCCGAGGGCUUCCUGGAGGCGAAGAUUUUGGCUAAGAAAUUCUCGACACUGUAUUUCCUGUGUCAAGAUUUGCUGAGUAAAGCCCCUCAGUAUGAUUGGGGAAUGAGAGCUAUUAAAUCGGUGUUGGUGGUAGCGGGUGGAUUCAAGAGAGCCGAACCGGAUCUUUCUGAACAAGCGGUGCUGAUGCGCUCGCUGCGUGAUACUAAUGUGGCCAAGAUUGAUGGAGAUGACCUCAAGAUCUUCAUGGGCUUGCUCGGUGAUCUUUUCCCAGGCAUUGACGUUCCCCGCGCGAGAGACCACAAAUUCGAGGAUGUAACAAAUUCUCGACUUUUUCGCUCGAUGGAGGAGUGUGGGUUAACGCCGGACCCUGAGGGGUAUCUUUUACUGAAGAUUACUCAGCUUGUAGAAUUGAUGGUCAUCCGUCACUGUAUAUUCCUCAUGGGCCCUCCUGGUAGCUUCAAAUCUACUGUGUGGAGGAUUUUGGCGAAGGCAAAGGACAAGGUUGGUGAUAAGACAACGUGGAUCGACCUUAACCCGAAGAGUAUUUCUACGAACGAGCUUUACGGCUAUGUGAAUAUGGCCACGCGUGAGUGGAAGGAUGGCAUUCUCUCCAAGACUAUGCGGCACCUCGGACAAAUCCAGGAUACCCAUCCUAAGUGGAUCAUCCUUGAUGGUGACCUUGAUGCUAACUGGAUAGAGUCUAUGAACAGUGUCAUGGACGAUAAUAGGCUGUUGACACUGCCUUCCAAUGAGCGAAUACCACUGAAGACGCAUAUGAAGAUGAUAUUCGAAAUAAGGGAUUUGGCCUAUGCCACCCCAGCAACGGUCACAAGGGCAGGGGUGGUAUUUAUGGUGGAUUAUGCUGGAGUGCAGUGGAAGAGCUACAAGACUUCGUGGAUUAAGCGCUUGGAAGUAGCUGACUCGGUAAAGGAACAAAUGGAGAAGUUAUUUGAUAAGUAUUGUCCUGAUACGCUAAUGUAUAUGCUCAAGCACUGCAAGAUACAGGUCCCCCUGGUGGAUAUUUCUAUGAUACAGUCCCUGUGUCUCCUCAUGGAGUCGUUGAUGGGCGCUGGAUCGACGGACUCGAAAGAGGCGCCUCAGAUUGAGCUAGAUGCUCUGGAGUACUGGUUCUGCUUUUGCAUGGUCUGGGCUGUGGGCGGCUGCCUCGCUGAAGUCGAUGGAGUUGAUUAUCGAAAGCAAUUCAGUAAUUGGUGGAAACAAGAAAUGAAGACGAUCAAAUUCCCUAGCAAGGGAACUGUAUUUGACUAUUUCGUCCAAGAUGCCCGCAUGGAGGAGUGGUCGAUUAUAGUGGACCCGUUGGAGUACUCAUCGGAGGUUCCUAUGAACCAGGUUACGGUACCGACCUCGGAGACGGUAGCGACCAGCUAUUUCAUGCAAGCUCUGAUGAAGGUCCAUCAACCAGUGAUGCUCAUUGGUCUAGCUGGAUGCGGCAAGACUGCUAUGUGCAACGGUCUGUUGCGGAAUCUCGAGCCUGACGUCUUCGCGUCGCAUAUGAUGAACAUGAACUACUACACUGACAGUAGUCUGCUACAAACGAUGAUGGAAAUACCCCUAGAGAAAAAGGCCGGAAGGCUCUUCGCUCCGCCGGGGAAACUUCAUUUGAUAUACUUCAUAGACGAUCUCAACAUGCCCGCGUUGGACCUGUAUAACACGCAAAGUGCCAUUGCUCUGCUGAGGCAAUGCCAGGACUAUAAGCAUAUAUAUGAUAGAACGAAAAUGACUUUGAAGGACAUAGGAAAUACUCAGUAUUUGGCGUGCAUGAAUCCUACUGCCGGCUCCUUUACGGUGAACCCGAGGUUGCAACGACACUUCUGGACAUGUGCAGUACCGUUCCCCGAGCAGAGCGCUUUGCAGACCAUCUAUUCUACGUAUAUGAGAGGCCACUUUGAAAGGCUCAAAUUCAAACCAGCGGUGAACGAAAUAAUUUCCUCUGUUAUUAAAGCGGCGCUGACUCUCCAUGGUAGCUGUACAUCGGCGUUCAGGAAGACCGCGGCGAACUUUCACUAUGAGUUUAACAUACGGCAUCUCGCUGGCGUAUUUGGGGGACUUCUUCAAGCAAAACCGAAAGAAUUCACUGAUCCUGAGAAACUGGUAUUACUAUGGCUUCACGAGAGUGAGAGAGUCUAUGGCGAUCGCCUGGUGUCUGCGGGAGACCUCAAAAAGUAUCGGGGACUUGCGGCUGAAUUGUCCAAGAAAAUGUUUGGGAAAUUCAAUCUUGCUAAGUACUUCCAAGAGAAAAAUCCCGAGCCUUUGGUUUUCGCUCCGUUUAGUAAAGGCUUCGAUGAGGCGUGCUAUGACCGCAUCCCAGGCGUGGAUCGUUUGUCGGAGCUCCUCACAGAGGCGUUGAGAGAUUAUAAUGAGAACAAUGCGGCUAUGGACUUGGUGUUGUUCGAGGAGGCGAUGAAGCAUGUGGGGAAGAUAACGCGUAUUAUAUCGAACCCUAGUGGCCAUGCAUUGCUGGUCGGCGUGGGUGGUAGCGGCCGACAGAGUCUGAGCAGACUCAGUGCGUUCAUUGGUCAGUGCGUGACGGUGAUGAUAGUCAUAUCAGGAAAGUACAGCAUGAACGACCUUCGAACAGACCUGCAGGCUAUGUAUAACAAGGCGGGGGUUAAAGACGAAGGAGUUAUGUUCCUCUUUACUGACGGCCAAAUUACCAAUGAGAAAUUCUUGGUUUACAUAAACGAUUUACUCGCCAGCGGCGAUAUUGCUGAUUUGUAUGCGGCUGAGGAUAAGGAUGUGAUUCGUAACGCUGUCCGUAGUGGAUGCAAAGGAGCGGGAAUACCGGACACGCCGGAGAAUCUUUGGUCGUUCUUCCUAACGCGCAUCCGGAAGAAUCUACAUAUGAGCAUUUGCUUCUCGCCGGUUGGAGAUGCGAUGAGGUCGCGCGCCAGGAAAUUCCCUGCCUUGGUCAACUGUACGGUCAUUGACUGGUUCCAACCCUGGCCUAAGGACGCGCUUCGCUCCGUCGGAGAGAAAUUCCUCGCAGAGGUAGAGCAGCUUGGCCCGGCUGAUGGCGAACUACGUGCCGGCGUUGUCGAGUUCCUACCAUUCUCCUUCGAAGCCGUUGGUCAUCAGAGUGAGAAGUUCAUAGAAGUGGAGCGACGGUUUGCAUACACCACCCCUAAGUCGUUCUUGGAAUUGAUCAAACUAUAUACGUCUAUGCUUGGCAAGAAGCUACAAGCAUUGGAGGAUAAGCAGUAUAGACUUUCUAAUGGGCUCGAUAAGCUCAAGGAGACGGCGGAGCAAGUUGCUGGUUUGGAAGAAGUACUGAAGGAGAAGGCUGUGGUGGUUGAACAGAAAGCCAAGGAGGCCGACGCCUUUGCAGAAGAGGUUGGCCGUGAGAAAACUAAAGUCAACGCCGAGGCAGAAAAGGCCAAUACGGAGUCUAUCGCGUGCGAAGAGAUCGCGAAAAAUGUGAAGAUUCAGCAGAAAAGCUGCGAAGAGGAUUUGGCCAAAGCUAUCCCUUUGGUGGAAAAAGCAGAGGCGGCUCUUGACGUGUUGAAUAAGAAGGAUUUCCAAGAGCUCAAGUCGUUUGCUAAGCCCCCAGCAGGCGUGGACAAAGUGUGUGAAGCUUGCAUGCAUCUGAUGGCCGGCAUAGACCCUAGUAUUGAUGUGGACAAGAAGGGGAAGGUUAAGGAUCCUUCUUGGAAGGGCGCGACGAAAAUGAUGGGAAAUCCGGAAAAGUUUUUGGAAAGUUUGAAAGCGUUCAAGGGCGAAAUUGAUGAUAGCAAUGUGCCAAAGCAGAAUAUUGAGUACGCCAGGCCGCUCACACAGGCUGAGGAUUUCACGGUGGAGAGCAUGAAGAAAAAAUCUGCGGCAGCUGCUGGCUUGUGCGAAUGGGUUCUCAAUAUCAUCAUGUACUAUGAUGUGGUAAUAACAGUGGAGCCGAAGAAACAGUCAUUGCGGGAAGCUAAUGAGAUGCUCGCAUCGGCCAAUGAGCGUCUUGCUGCUGUCCAAGCGCAAGUCGCAGAAUUGCAAGCGCAGUUGGCGAAGUUAGUCGCCGAGUUCGAUGCUGCUAUAGCGGAAAAGGACGCGGUGAUGGCUGAGGCGCAGAAGUGUCAAACGAAGCUGGAGAUGGCUCAGCGGCUUAUAGGAGCUCUUGGUGCGAACGGGGUUAUCUGGGAACAGACAGUUAGUCAGAUUGCGGUGGACUUGGAGGUUAUGCCUGGGGAUGUGCUCAUAGCAUGCAGCUUCGUCAGUUAUGUGGGGGUCUUCACUCGACAAUAUAGAGAAGACUGCAUCAACACUUUUGUGGAUUUCCUUAAUAAGAAUAACGUCCCAUUGAGUGCAAAAUGUGAUCCUCUGGCGAUAUUAGCAUCAGAGGCGGACAUGGCUGGCUGGGCUACGCAGGGGUUACCGUCGGACCGGGUGUCCUGCGAGAACGGCGCUAUUAUGACUAACUCGGAGCGAUGGUGUUUGAUCAUAGACCCGCAGUUGCAGGGCAUAGCUUGGAUUAAGAAUAAAGAGGCAAAUAAUAACCUACAAGUGACUAGGAUGGGCAGAUCGAAAAUGGUACCCACAUUCGAGGCGUCGCUGGACCAAGGAAAAACGGUGCUUAUUGAGAAUAUGGGAGAGUCUAUCGAUGCAGUCCUGGCGCCGGUGAUAGGCCGAAAUACGAUCAGGAGGGGGAAGAAUAGGCUUAUCAAGCUGGGCGACAAGGAGAUCCACUACCACCCGAAUUUCCGUUUGUUCAUGCAGACGAAAUUGUCGAAUCCUCACUAUCCACCGGAGAUCCAAGCCGAAUGUACGAUUAUCAACUUCACCGUGACGGAGCAAGGUCUCGAGGAUCAGCUUUUGUUCCUGGUUGUGAGGCUAGAGCGACCGGAUCUCGCCAAGCAGAAGGCCGACCUUAUCGUGCAACAGAAUGAGUUCAAGGUUAAGCUGGCUGAGCUAGAGGCACUGUUGCUAGAGAAGCUGGCGAACUCUGAAGGCGACAUACUUGAUGACGUUGAUUUGAUCCUUUCCCUGGAGGAGGCCAAGAAGACAUCAGAUGAAGUGAAGGAAAAGGUCGUUGUGGCGCAGGAGACGGAGGCUCGUAUUAACGAAACCUCGGAGAACUACCGUCCCUCGGCUAACAGGGGAGCGUUAUUGUUCUUCCUGCUCAUGGAUCUGUGCAAGGUUCACAGCUUUUAUAAGUACUCGCUGGACGCAUUCGUCCAAGUGGUCACACGGGCUGUGGAUUCGGUAUCAUUGAGGAAGCCCAAGGUCGAGCCAGUGGCUGCUAAGGUGGAGGAGGUGAAGGAGCGAGAGGCUGCUGGAGGCGCCCAAGAAGGUAACGAGCGGCUUGUCAUUGGGAUUGUAGUGAUGGAGGAUGCAGAUUCCUCGGACGGUGAGGAGGGAGAUGAGGUGGCGGCAGUUGUAGAAGAGGAGGUGGUAGAAGAAGAGGAAGAAGAGGAGGUGAACGACGUUAUCGAGCUCAUAGGGAAGGAUUUGUUGAACCGCGUGGAGCUUCUUAUGAAAGUGAUCACCAUCUUCACAUUCAACUACACUCGCCGAGGCCUGUUCGAUAAGCACAAGCUCAUCGUGGCAAGUUUGCUAUGCCUCCGAGUAUUAGUUAGGAAUAAGGUCGUCACACAAAGUGAAGUUGAUAUACUUAUCCGGGCGCCUCCGGAUCCUGCAGCGCCUCCAAUGCCUGAUCCAAUGAAGAGUUGGCUGACCGAAUUCAUAUGGCAGCAGCUGAAGACAGUAGAGACAAUACCGGCUUUUAAGAGCUCUAGUUCGGGAGCAUUGACGCAGAAUAUCGAGCAGGACUCUCUGGGGUGGAAGAGAUGGUACGCUGAGGCUGCGGCGGAGAUAGCGGAUCUUCCUCGCUCGUUCAGAGAUCUGUCGCCAUUCCACAGACUGAUACUGCUGAGGGUACUGCGGCCGGAUAGGUUGUCAGCCGCUCUGACUCAAUUUGUCAACGACAACUUGGGUUCGGAUUUCGUCGAGCAAGCCCCCUUCGACAUGGAUGCCACUUUCUUGGAAAGCAGCAACCUUACACCUUUAUUCUUCGUUCUUUUCCCUGGCGUUGAUCCAACUCCUACUGUUGAACGCGCAGCUAAGAAUAUCGGAAUCACCGACAAGAAUGGGAAGUUCGUGAACAUAUCUAUGGGACAAGGCCAGGAGCAGGUUGCCGUGAAUGCUCUCAAUUCUUGUGCGGAGAAUGGAGGAUGGGUGAUGUUGCAGAAUGUGCAUCUUAUGCAAGGGUGGUUGAAGUCAUUCGAGCGAGCUCUCGAGGUUGUGGAAGAGAACGCCCACGAAGACUUCCGAUGCAUUAUCACAUCCAACGUCCGGCGAGCCUGGUCAAAGUUCAACCAAGAACAGCUCGAUAACAGUUCCAAGCCACGAGAGUUCAAAAGCUGCCUCUUCGCGCUGUGCUUCUUCCACGCUUUGGUGGUCGGUCGUAAACGGUUCGGUCCCCAGGGGUGGAGUAGGGCAUACCCAUUCAACGACGGGGAUUUGACCAUCUGUGGGAGCGUUCUUAACAAUUACCUCGAAAAAUAUGAACAAGUUCCAUGGCCCGACCUUCGUUACAUCUUCGGUGAGAUUAUGUAUGGUGGUCAUAUUACAGACCAGUGGGAUAGGCGAACAAACAACACCUAUCUAUCUACACUCAUCGUUCCUGAACUGCUGCAGAAUAUGAAUCUGGCCCCCGGAUUCAAGUCGCCUGACUCGAACAAAUUGGAUUAUCCAGCAUACAACAAGUACAUUGACGAGAAGAUGCCUCCUGAAGCACCUCAGAUGUUCGGCCUGCACCCUAAUGCUGAGAUUGGAUUUCUCACGACGCAAGGCGGAACUACAUUUCAGACGAUUCUGGAACUGCAAGGUGGCAGCGGUGGUGGUUCUUCUGGGGAUAUGAUGGCGGGAGUCGGCGAAAUUAUCACUAGCUAUCUCGAAUCUCUUCCAUCCAAUUUGGAUAUGAUUGAGAUUAGAUCGAACAUUACGGAAUGGAAUCCCUACAUCAUCGUCAGUUUGCAAGAGAGCGAGCGAAUGAAUGUUCUACUGAGCGAAAUCCGGCGCUCCCUAGUGGAGCUUGAAAUGGGACUCAGUGGUGCUCUCAAUGUUACGGAUGCCAUGGAGACUUUAGCUAACAAUCUCUCUCUGAACAAAGUCAAUCCAGAAUGGGAGAAACGGGCUUAUUGGAGCCUGAAGAACUUAGCAGGUUGGUACACGGAUUUGUUACAACGCGUGGCUCAAUUGGAGGAGUGGACAACCAAGUUGACAUUGCUGAAGUCGUUGUGGAUAUCUGGUCUGUUCAAUCCUAUGAGUUUCUUGACUGCAGUGAUGCAAGUAACGGCUCGAGAGUACUCACUUCCGCUCGAUUAUAUGACCAACCGUUGUCUGUUCACGAAUUUCACUGAUACACACGGAGAUUUCGGAGGGAGCAACGUUCCCGCUCAAGGAGUAUACUGCCACGGUUUUUUCCUGGAAGGUGCGGGAUGGGAGCUUGGCAAGGGUGAAGAAGAAGGGUACGUUACGGACUCGAGGUUGAAAGACCUACAUCCCGUGAUGCCGGUGUUGAACGUGUUUGCCGUUCACAUCGACGAGAUGUCAUGGGAGGGGAUGUACCACUGUCCUGUUUUCAUCACCAGCAUGCGUGGACCGACAUAUGUAUUCCAGGCCAAUCUUCGAAUGGACGCUGAUGAUACUGAGGCACGUUGGGUCCUCGCGGGUGCGGCUUUGCUGCUGACAGAUGACUGA